UUAUAGUUCGUUAUUAAACAUAGACAUUGCUCCGCUCCGUGCUGUGAAUAUUCCUCUCAAAAUCGAGAAUUAAAGUCUCGACUUAAAUAAGUGAAAAGCAACAGUUGGCUUUAACAGGAAAACAAAAAAAGUCUUUGAAGAGAUUUCAGCGAAUUUAGCGAAGGGAAUUUUGCUUGAGAAUGCAUUCCACUAUAUUAGUAAUCUUGUUCUCAGUCGCACCUUUCACCUUUGGCCAAAUCAGCAUUUGUCCAACAAGGGAGAUAACAGCAUCCAGUGGACAGAUCCGGUCGCCUAAUUAUCCAUCCGAUUAUCCUUCAAACACAGAUUGUACUUUGACUAUCAAACAGCCAUUGGAUACGAAUUUUACUUUUAGUUUCGAAAAGAUAGACAUCGAGGGUGACGAGGAUGGAGGUGACGUAUCGUGCUACGAUUCUCUGGUCAUUUCUGGAAAAGUAUCAAAAGAAUUUUGUGGUACAACUACCCCGAAACCAUUCACACCUGGCCUGAAUGUUGUCACUCUUAAAAUGGCUUCGGACGGUAGUGUGGAGCAAAAGGGGUUUGAUCUAAAAUUCGCAACUUCUCGAACUCCAGGAUUGCCCCCAGCAGUGAGUGUCUGUCCCACCAGAACAAUAACACCAAGUGCCAUUGGUCGCAUUCACUCGCCCGGUUUUGCUGGUAAAUACUCUGCCAACUUGGACUGCAAACUAACCUUGGACGUUCCUUCAAACAAAGAGGUUGAAAUUUUCUACAACUAUCGUGAAAUCGAGUAUGCCAGCCAAUGCUCGAAAGAUAAGCUCACGAUUGCUGACACUUCGGCUUCUCGCUACACAUGCGGAGCCUCGUCUCUUGCCAGUAAAGCAACUUACAGCGAUGGCGAUGUUUCCUUUCAUUUCAUCACCGACGGAAGUGAAAGUGGAAGUGGCUUUAUGGCGACCUACAAACUCAUCGAUAAAGCAGUCGCAACCUGCAGCUGUGCAAAUGGAAAUUCGUAUAUCAAACGGCCAAUAACAGUGAACAACAUCAUCAAGCGUGCGGACGAUGACAUUAGCUUGGAAUUUAAAACCACAAAAGCUGACGGUUUAUUCUUUUACGCGAAAGGUGGUCUUCGAGACUUUAUCCUUUUGAAACUACAGAAUGGAAACAUUGUGUUUGAAGUUGAUUUAGGAACAGGCAAUCUUACUGUCAAGGUACCAUCAGGUAGUUUAAAUGAUGAUUCUUGGCAUACGGUUUUGGUGAAGAGACGCGGAAAAGUUGUUCAGGUUUCUGUGGAUAAUCUUGCCCAAGUUUCUGCCCAGACUGGUGGUUCAUUCACAUUCUUGGACAUCAAACCACAGAACGGCCUCGCAGCCGCAAUGUAUUCUCUCGGUGGACCCUCUGGAAUCCGUUAUGAUGUCAACUUCCAAGGCUGUGUUCGAAAUUUUGAAGUUGAUGGAAUGAAGCCAGUCGAAGCCUAUCUGCAAAACAAUUCAGAAUACACAAUGUAUGGUUCUACGUCCAUGGGCACUUGCUAGAACCUUUCUCGUCUGAGUAAUUGUGGUUCCACAAUUUUCUUAUUUUUUUUUCGAUUAGUCUUAAUACUAACAUCAUAAGUAGACUCGCUUUUGUAGGCAGAUGACCCAGUUUUAAUACCAAUAGUUAAGUUUUACAGAGGUAUUUGCUAAAAAGCCAAUAAUAAUAGCCCAUAUCGCUUAUAACCGUAGCUCUAAAUGGUUGCUAGUUCCGUUUCAAUGUUGUAGCAGAUUUAUCUUGGUUGAUUAUAGAUUAAGAUAAUUUUAUGAUUUAUAUACUUUGAUUGCAUAUGUCAAAUAUAUUUCCUAAAAGUCAA